GACCCGCUAGACUCGGGUACUGAGGCCUGCGGCGGGGCGGAGCGGCGGGGAGGGAUGGGCGUGAGCGCGGAGCCGCGAAGCCUCGCCGUGGCCGGGGCCGGGCUCGCGUCCCCCGUGAUCGAGAAGGCGCGCUCUGCGCUCUUGCCGCCGCAGGACGUGGAGGACACGGUGGAGACGCUCAUGUUACAUCCGGUGAUCAAGGCUUUCCUCUGUGGUUCCAUCAGUGGGACCUGCUCCACCCUCCUCUUCCAGCCUUUGGAUCUCCUCAAAACACGCCUGCAAACCCUACAGCCCUCAGACCUACGGUCCAGGCGUGUCGGGAUGUUGGCUGUGUUCUUGAAGGUGGUUCGCACAGAAAGUCCUCUGGGCCUUUGGAAAGGAAUGUCUCCUUCCAUCAUGAGGUGUGUCCCUGGCGUUGGAAUCUACUUUGGCACUCUGUAUUCUUUGAAGCAGUAUUUCUUGCGAGGCCAUCCUCCCACUGCCCUGGAGUCCGUUAUCCUGGGCAUGGGCUCACGCUCUGUCGCAGGAGUCUGCAUGUCACCCAUCACAGUGAUCAAGACACGCUAUGAGAGUGGGACUUACAGCUAUGGGAGCGUCUAUGCAGCCCUGAGGAGCAUCUACUGCAGCGAGGGCCACCGGGGCCUCUUCAGAGGCCUGACAGCAACUCUGCUGCGUGACGCGCCCUUUUCAGGGCUCUACCUGAUGUUUUACAGCCAGACCAAGACCGCAGUGCUCCGUGGCACAGACCAGUUAGAUGUUGCUGUGAUGCCCCUGGUUAAUUUCAGCUGUGGGAUAUUUGCUGGCAUUCUGGCUUCGCUGGUGACUCAGCCUGCAGACAUGAUCAAGACUCACAUGCAGCUCUCCCCAGUGAAGUCCCAGUGGAUUGGCCAGGCAGCUGCGCUCAUCUUCAAGAACCAUGGGCUGCGUGGCUUCUUCCAUGGCAGCGUUCCCCGGGCCCUCCGUAGAACUCUGAUGGCUGCCAUGGCAUGGACUGUCUAUGAAGAAAUGAUGGCCAAGAUGGGUCUGAACUCCUGAAAAAGAUGGCUGGGGAAGGAAGAUCUGCCGUCGUGCCUGGUUCCUCCUGAUGUGGGCCGCUGCAGCUCAACUUUCCUGGAGUCAGGUGAAGCGCGGUCUGAGGAACCAGGCAGAAAUGCUAUUGCCUUUAGUCCCCUAUUCAGAGAGAGAGACCGGAGGAGUGCCUGGAGCCCCCAGAGCCUCAGAAGUGGAGUCACCAGUGCCCACAGCUCCGGACACACUCCCAGUCAAUACAUACAGGAGCUGGGAAGCAAGCCUGGUUGUCCCACAAGGCUAUAUGAGAGGCAUUUCUAGAGAGACCUCUGCCAGAUUGCUCUGUUUGGGCCACCUACCUCCAUCACAGGACACUGUAGAUUUGCCUAGAAGCCAGGAAUCCCACAGUAGAGAGGUUGUGGGCCUCCUGCCAUGGCUGAGGGCCCGAGUCUCAAGUUAGGGAAGACUGAACCCAAGCGCUGCCGUGGACCAGUGAGAUGGCUCGGCAAGGAAUGUCAGCUCGUCAGGUGACCUGCAGUGGGUCCCAGGAAAGUCAGCUUGUCAGGUGACCUGCAGUGGAUACCAGGAAAGUCAACUUGUCAGGUGACCUGCAGUGGGUCCCAGGACUCAUGGUGGAGGGACCUAGUUCCUACAAGUUGUUCUCUGACUUCCUCAUGUGCACUGUGGCAAGCACCCAUAUCCAAUAAUUGAAUAAAUGUAAUCUUUUAAAUAAAGACAUCAGUGGACUGGAGACUGAGGUGACAAAAAUAAACAAUCCUGUA